CUCCAACUGGAGCGCAGCAGCAGCAUACAACACUAUUCAACAUGAAGAUCACGCUCAUCCUUUCCCUUAUUGUGGCGACAGUCAGCUUUAUCCAAGCAACACCUGUCAACAAUCCCUAUCAGGCCGUUCACUCAGCCAUCGAUCUAAGUGGACAGCCGGUGAGAGCGAGGCGUGCUAGCUUUGACGACUAUUAUAUCUGCUAUCCGAGCAGCGUGGUCUACAGCUAUCAUAGCAACUCCUUGGAGUCACAUCGUCGUAGUGAUGCGGAACGCAGCUUUUCGCGCUACGAUGCUCGCAGAGAUCGUGCGGAUAGAGAAGGCCCCGACUACACAGAUGUCUUUGGCAAAUAG